CAGGAGACGGAGCUGCGAGCGCAUUCCGGCGUGUGGAGCGACUGAAGGCUGCAUGUGAUCUCUGCACAAAUCGGUCAGGAUCCCAGACUGACUGCGGAGGGUUAAACUCCUGGGAAGCGAAUGAAGAAACAGCUUUUGCUUCUUUUCACGUACAGAGGACUCGUAAGAAAAGGGAAGAAAAGUAAAAGAAGAAAAUGGCCAAUUUUAUAUUGCGGAAAGCCGAGCCCAAGGACGUGCCUGACAUACUGCGACUCAUAAAGGAACUUGCUAAAUUCGAAGACAUGGAGGAUCAGGUCGUUUUGACCGAGAAAGAGCUGCUGGAGGACGGCUUCGGGGACCACCCGUUCUACCACUGCGUCAUCGCCGAGGUGCCGCGGGAACGCCAGUGUUCCGAGGGGUACACGGUGGUGGGGUUUGCCAUGUAUUACUUCACCUAUGACCCCUGGAUCGGGAAGCUGCUCUACCUGGAGGACUUCUACGUGAUGAAGGAGUACAGAGGUUAUGGAAUUGGGUCAGAGAUCCUGAGGUCACUCAGUGAGACGGCGGUGAAGUCUCGCUGCAGCAGUAUGCACUUCAUCGUAGCCGAGUGGAACACGCCGUCCAUCGAGUUCUACAAGCGCCGUGGCGCCGCCGACCUGUCGCUCGAGGAGGGCUGGCGUCUGUUCGAGAUCGGAAAGGAGUGCCUGCUCAAGAUGUCCGCCGAGGAGUGACCCGGUGGGGAGGUGGCCCGGCCCCCGGAGUGGCGAGGGGCGGGGGGGCCCGGCCCGAUUCCCACGGCUCAGUGGGGGGCAGACUGCGGACCCAGGACGUCAGUGAAUGAAAAGCGGCUCCAAUCUUCUCAUCUGUAGUUUCUUAGAUGUCUUAAU